AGCUGUGGUAAUAUAAAAGCCAGGAACUGCGCCAGUUGGCUAGAAAUAACUAGAAAUAUGAAUUUGAUCAAUGCUAAUUCUUCGGAUUUAAAGAAUAUCUAUUCCACUUAUAUUACUAUCCUAAAUUUUAUUCCGAUAGUCACAGUUCCAAUUUAUGCGGAAGCAAUUUACUGUAUUAUUAAGAGAAGUCCACAAUUUCAAAAACUUUAUACAUGUAUUCUAACUGCACAUAUUCUCGGAUGUCUUGUUGAAGAGUUCUACGGGUUUCAACUAUUCCGCCCAAUGGUGUUCGUUCCCGUGAUUGGAGUUUAUGCAGAUGGCAUUCUCUCCUGGCUGGGAGUUCAUCCUUUCAUACAGCUAUACGGGAUGAUGCUCUCUGUCCAAAUCAAUUUGGGAAUUCUUACACAUAUCACAUUUUAUCGAAUGAAAAUAAUUAUCCCAAUGUCGUUUCGAUACUAUACAAGAUGUAUUCAGUUUGGAAUUUUGAGUACUGUAGCGAUGUAUACUGGCGCAGUGUUAACAGUCAAUAUUCUUUUUUUCACAAUAGAAAAUCAACAAAAUGCAAAGAGUUUUUAUGCGAAUUCCAACACCAUUCCAGAUAUGCUAUGGUCUGAGAAGUAUAUAGUAUCAUCUCCAAGAAACCCCUAUUACAACUCUUUUCUAAUUGGUGCGGCUAUGUGUAUAGGAUUUUAUAUAUUACUUUGCAUUAUUAUUCCUUCGAUAUGUUAUGCUGUCCUGCAUCGAACCAAAGACUCAUUAUCAGAAAAAGUGAUAAAGGCUCAGAGAGCGUACUUGCGCACUAUAUUACUGCAGGUCUUGGUUAUGGUUGUAUGUGUUAUAAUGCCGUUUUCCGUCUUUUUUGCAGGAGCAGCAAAUUUGAUUACGGAUCCAAGGAUAAUCCCAGCAUCUCUUAUAUUCGGCUUAUGUCAUGGAGCAGCUACCACGCUAGUUCACCUGUUAUCCAACAAGCCAUUUCGCAGCACGAUGAAAGCACAGCUGUUAUGGGUCAUAAACUGUGUGACGUGUUCUCGACACUCAUCAAGCAACAAAGUGCAUACACUGUCUUCAAUUGUUCAAUAACUUGAAAAAUCAAAUGACAAAAAAAAACGCACAUUCAAUUCUCAUUUAUUUGUUUGUUUCAUCACUUUUUCUCCACCCUCACUUUUCCGCAACGAUGAAGACGAUUUACAAUCCACGUUAUCCCAAUAAAAACUU